ACGAACGGCUGCGUGUGACUAGUGUGCCUGUCUCUCCUCAGCUGAGCCAUGGUGGUCCUCGCGCUGUCCCCGAGCCUGCUGCUCCGAGCCCUGGCCCGGGCGGGACGAGCUCCCCGAGCCUGCUGCUGUGCCCUGAGCUCCCGUCGGCUGCACCUCACCGCGCCCAGAAAUGAUGCAGUCAUAAUUUCUGGAAGAAAGCUGGCUCAGCAGAUCAGACAGGAAGCCCGACAUGAGGUUGAACAAUGGGUAGCAGCUGGUAACAAGAGACCCCAUCUCAGUGUGGUUCUAGUUGGAGAAAAUCCUGCAAGUCACUCCUAUGUACUUAACAAAACCAAAGCAGCGGCUGAUGUAGGAAUCAGCAGUGAAACAAUCCUGAAGCCAGCCUCCAUCACUGAAGAGGAGCUGCUUGAUUUGAUUAGCAAGCUAAAUGAUGACACCAAUGUGGAUGGCCUAUUAGUGCAGCUUCCCUUACCUGAGCAUAUUGAUGAGCGAAAGAUCUGCAAUGCUGUGAUCCCAGAAAAAGAUGUUGAUGGCUUUCAUGUGGUGAAUGUGGGGCGCAUGUGUCUGGACCAAUAUUCAAUGCUGCCAGCUACACCUUGGGGUGUGUGGGAAAUCAUCAAGAGAACUGGAAUCCCAACCCUGGGGAAGAAUGUAGUAGUGGCUGGCAGAUCAAAGAACGUUGGAAUGCCCAUUGCAAUGUUGCUGCAUACCGACGGCAGACAUGAGCGCCCUGGAGGUGAUGCAACAGUAACAAUAUCACAUCGCUACACUCCUAAGGAACAGCUCAAGCAACACACGAUUUUGGCUGAUAUUGUGGUAGCAGCUGCAGGUAUUCCUAAUCUGAUCACAGCUGAUAUGAUUAAAGAAGGAGCAGCAGUUAUUGAUGUUGGGAUAAACAGAGUGCAAGAUCCUGUUACUGCGAAGUCAAAACUAGUUGGAGAUGUGGAUUUUGAAGGAGUAAAGAAGAAAGCCAGUUACAUCACUCCAGUCCCUGGGGGAGUUGGGCCCAUGACAGUUGCUAUGCUGAUGAAGAAUACAAUUAUUGCGGCAAAGAAAAUGCUGAAAUCUAAAGAGCUUGAAGCCUUAACUGUUUAAUGGUGGACUUAUAACUUUCAAAAUAACAUUCCAAAUCAACUCCCAAAACCAGGCCGAUAGAAAUGCAAUAUUUUUAUUUAUUGUAUAGAAGUUAAUUCAAUGAUACUUUGAAGUCAUAGAUAUUUAUUUAAAGCAUAAGUAUACAAUCAUUUGUAUACAAAGGCUUUAAGCAGCUAAAUACCUGGGUCACUCCAUCUGUUUAGUUUCUAAUGAUUCCCAGCGAAGUUGGGUUUCUUUAAUAUUUAAACUAGUUACAUUCUGAGAGGUCUAAAACUUGCAGGAUGGAGAAAAUCAGCUGCAAGGGAUUUUAAUGCUAUGACAGUGUCACUUAUACAGGAAUUUAUAGUACACAGGAUAUGUGAAGCUAGCAAGUUGGAAAAAGUAUCAUCUACAGUGAAAGAAUAAUGAUCUUCAAGGUAAAGUGCUUUCAUAGAUCCUGAAAUUUGACCACAUUUACAGGAUUGUUUGCUAGCACUGUUGGACACUAGCUCAAAUCUAGGUAGCAUUGAAUCCUGCUAAGACAUCUUAUAAGCGCAAACAAGUUGAAAGCUAAACAGUUCUCCCAGCUAUUGGUAUGUAGCUAGACCAAUAUUCAGUACUGAGGCACAAUGCGACUAUUUUUCUUUAGCCAAAGAACAGAGGUGGC